GCCCUGACACCGUCAAAAUUCCAUUUGGAUCCACCCAUCUCAAGUCAUUCCCGUCCCGCCGAGUACCUAACAUUUCCUCGCCCUUCCAUUUUCCGAGGAACCUUGGCUUACUCAGAGCGCACUGUCACAGCAAUCCACCCUUCCAAGCAAAGAAAACGUCCACUAGAAUACGCUCCAGUUACAGAGUAUCGCACGCUAAACGUCGAUGUCAUAUAGUGUUGAUUUCGGAACCCUCAAGACGGUCAUUGCCGUCGCCAGAAAUCGCGGUGUCGAUGUGAUUUCCAACGAGGUCUCCAACCGUGCCACGCCGUCUGUCGUUGGAUUCGGUCCCAAGUCGCGAUACCUCGGCGAGAGCGCCAAGACGCAAGAAAUCUCCAACCUCAAGAACACUGUCGGUUCCAUCAAGCGUCUUGCCGGCCGCGCCUUCGCCGAUCCCGAUGCCCAGCUCGAGCAGCAGUACAUUACCGCUCCCCUCGUCGAUGUCAACGGCCAGGUCGGUGUCGAGGUCUCGUACCUUGGCAAGAAGGAGAAGUUCUCCAACACCCAGUUGAUCUCCAUGUACCUCAGCAAGAUCAAGCAAACAACACAGGCUGAGCUGAAGCUUCCCGUCUCCGACUUGGUCAUGAGCGUCCCCGCCUGGUUCACCGACAUCCAGCGCCGCGCCAUCAUCGAUGCUGCCGAGAUCGCCGGCCUGAAGCUCCUCCGCCUCAUGAACGACACUACUGCUGCCGCUCUCGGCUGGGGUAUCACCAAGCUCGAUCUCCCCGCCCCCGAGGAGCAGCCCCGCCGUGUUGCCUUCAUCGAUAUCGGCCACAGCAACUACACCUGCUCCAUUGUUGAGUUCAAGAAGGGUGAGCUGGCCGUCAAGGGUACCGCCUUCGACCGUCACUUUGGUGGCCGCGACUUCGACAAGGCUGUCGUCGAGCACUUGGGCAAGGAGUUCAACGGAAAGUACGGCAUUGACAUUCACUCCAACGGCCGCGCCAUGGCCCGCACCAUCGCUGCCGCCGAGAAGUGCAAGAAGAUCUUGUCUGCCAACCAGCAGGCUCCUGUCAACAUCGAGUCCAUCAUGAACGACGUCGAUGUUUCUGCCAUGAUCACACGCCCGGAGUUCGAGGCCCUCGUCGAGCCUUUGCUUCAGCGUGUCCACGUUCCUCUCGAGCAGGCUCUUGCCGAGGCCAAGUUGACCAAGGACGACAUUGACGUCAUCGAGGUCAUUGGUGGUGGCAGCCGUGUUCCCGCCCUCAAGGAGCGCAUCCAGGCUUUCUUCGGAAAGACCCUGUCUUUCACCCUGAACCAGGACGAGGCUGUUGCCCGUGGUGCUGCCUUCAGCUGCGCUAUUCUGUCCCCCGUCUUCCGUGUCCGCGACUUCACCGUCCAGGACAUCAUGAGCUACCCCAUCGAGUUCGCCUGGGAGAAGGCUCCCGAUAUUCCCGAUGAAGACACCAGCCUGACUGUCUUCAACCGCGGCAACGUUCUGCCGUCCACCAAGAUUCUUACCUUCUACCGCAAGCAGCCCUUCGACCUCGAGGCCCGCUACGCGAAGCCCCAAGAUCUCCCCGGAAAGAUUAACCCGUGGAUCGGUCGCUUCUCUGUCAAGGGCGUUAAGGCCGACGGCAAGGACGACUUCAUGAUCUGCAAGCUGAAGGCUCGUGUCAACAUCCACGGUGUUCUCAACGUCGAGAGCGGCUACUACGUCGAGGACCAGGAGGUUGAGGAGGAGGUCAAGGAAGAGGAGAAGGAUGGCGAGAAGAAGGACCCUGAUGCCAUGGAGACUGACAACAAGGAGGAUGCUCCCAAGAAGACUCGCAAGGUAAAGAAGCAAGUCCGCAAGGGCGACCUUCCCAUUGUCAGCGGCACAGCUUCCCUAUCCGACUCAGCAAGAACCGCUCUUCUCGAGAAGGAGUCUGCCAUGGUCAUGGAGGACAAGCUUGUCGCCGACACCGAGGAGAAGAAGAACGAGCUCGAGACCUUCAUCUACGACCUCCGCAACAAGCUCGACGACCAGUACGCCGACUUCGCCAGCGAAGAGGAGAAGACCAAGAUUAAGGAGAAGCUCGAGGCCAGCGAGGACUGGCUCUACGACGAGGGCGAGGACGCCACCAAGGCUGUCUACGUUGCCAAGAUUGACGAGAUCCGCGCCAUGGCCGGACCCAUUGUCCAGCGCCACUUCGAGAAGGUCGAGGAGGACCGCCGUAUUGUUCAGGAGAGAGUAGAGGCUGAGAAAGCCGCCAAGCGCGCCGAAGAGGAGGCUCGCAAAGCUGCCGAAGCUGAGAAGGCUCCUCCGGCGGCUAAGGAUGAGGAGAUGACCGACGCCGAUGCCGCAAAGGCCGAUGCCGAGGCCGAGGGCACGAAAUAGGAUCCCGUGGACCUGACCAACGUCUGAAACUUGGAAAACAAAACAAGACAGCAAAGAACAAAAAGCGAGAAAUCAACGAAGAUGAUAGAAUAGACC